AUGUUGGCUCCUCAAAUUGUUGCUGUAGAAAAUGAUGUCUUGAUGGCUUUAUUGCUUCGAAACAAGCAACGAGGCAGCAUGACAGCCCAACACUUCAGGGAUCUGUUAAGGCGGAUGAAAGGGAGGUUGCCUGCAUUUAGCAUGAAUCAGAUUAACAUUGAGAAGAUUAUUUUUUUUUGGAAGAAGCAGUACUUCACUCUAAAUUCUAUGUUGAAAACGAGGAUGUUUGCUUGGGACUUGACAAACUUGUGCGUCGUUGAUGGACCGAUUGCUGGAGCGCGUGACUACCUAGUGGCAAACAAGUUUGCUAGAUUUUGGUGCAUUGAACCAUGUCCUUUGUUCAAGAAAAUGAUGGAGGUUUUCGACAACGUGUCCCUAAAAGAGCUGAUUGAAAGUGUGGGCUCCUGUUCGAGUGGUGAUCCAACAGAAGACAUAAAGUUUAUUGAUGCUUCUGAUUAA